AUGGAAGCAGUCAUGCCCUUUCUGGUAAGAAAGAUGGACAACGAUGGAAACACCAUCUUGCAUAUGGUUGGAAUAAAAAAACCAGAUUACGCACCUGAAAAGAUGGAAGGACCGGCGCUGCUAUUGCAAGAGGAAUUACUUUGGUUUGAGCAAGUUAAGAAUGUGAUAAUCUGCAUACCCCAAUUCCUAGAUCACCAGAAUAAUAUGGGGUUGACCGCAGAAGCGCUAUUUGCUGCUGCAAAUAAGGACCUUCGUAUUUCAUCCAAAGAAUGGUUAAAGCACACGGCGAAAGGAUGCUCAGUAGUGGCAGUUCUCAUUGCUACCGUUGCCUUUGCUGCUGCAUAUACAGUACCUGGUGGACCUAAUCAGAAUUCUGGUUUUCCAGUCCUCGUGAAUCCAAGGAAAGUUGGGAAAGAAUUAUGCUAUACUCUUUCUCCUUUAUUCCGGUGGGAGUAUUUGGAUUAUCAUAUUUCCCUCUCUAUAUAA